AUGGCGACCACACCAGCAGUCCACCCUGUGGAUCCUCCUCCACCUCGUGAGAUCACUGAUCUCGCACGGCUUUGCCUUGAAGGUGAUCUCGAGCACGACGAUAUCAACCUGGCUUUUCAGUCGAAACUUCAGGCCUACUCCAGCCAAGGUCAUCAGAUAUCUCUUUUAUGGCCUGUCUUGUUCGCAGCUGUUCAGUACGCUCGGCCUCGGAUCGUUACUCUGCUUUUGUCCCAAGGUCUCCAACUGCAAACAAUGUACGUGGAGCAGGCAGUAUCUACCGGAUCGAAGGAGGUAUUCCAGGCAUUUCUUGAUAAUGGUUGGAAUGUAAAUGAGCCACUCUAUUCGUUCCGCCCUCCGGUGCUUGCGAAUUUUGUCCACGAUCAUGAUAUGACCGUCUGGUUCCUUGAUCGCGGAGCCGAUCCUGAUGCUAGAUGUUACAUCGAUCUUACGCCUUUGUCUUUCGCAGCUCGGUACGCUUCGAUUCCAACAUUCAGAGUCUUGCUUGAUCGAGGCUCAGCCAAUAAGGGCCAGUUGGCACAUCACGCAGUUGAGCGCAACACCGAUGUUAUUACAGUGCUGGAUAUACUCGCUUCUAGAGGAGCCCUCCUUGACGAGCUGCAAUACGCGACAGACCUACAGUCCUGGAAUCACGAGUCUUUCAAAGGCCUCGGUACACCCCUGCACAGGGCUACUGAACUCGGCAGGCUUGAGAUUGUCCGGUAUCUCCUUGAUAAGCAGGCGAAUCCAAGGGCCAGGGAUUCAAAGAAUCGCACGCCUAUAGAUAUUGCAGAUCACUUGGGGUUUGAAGAUAUAGCCAACCUGCUUAUUAUGUAUUGA